AUGCAAGAGCACCCUGUCCGAGAGUGGAUCGAUACGCUGCUUCAUGCAGCUGUAAUCGCCAAAGACAAGCAAAGCGGGCCUACCAGAAAUGAGGACGAGGUCUCCUCUACAAGUGCAACCUCCCACAUGAAUACUGUUGACGUCACCGUUGGUGUUAAAACUGCGGAUAUUGCAAUCUCGAUAUCUGCAGCUGAUUCGAACGCGAAAGAUGUAAAAAAAGAGGCGGUAGACAAGGUUGAGUCGCCGAAGUCUUCAGAUGCUAAGGAUGUCAUUGCCAUAUCAGACAUUGACAACGCGUCUAGUGCUACAACUACAAAGCGAUACCGUCGUCGUCACUGCGAGGCUGCGAGCGUGUGGCACAAUUCGGCCACAAAUGCAGUGCUCACGGUGGUGUCAAGUUCUGUAGUGUUGAAGGAUGUCGUCGUGCUGUGCAAUCUCGAGGUUGCUGCAAAACGCACGGGGGAGGGGUACGGUGUCAGUAUCAAGACUGCAAGAAGGGCGCUAUUUCGAAAGGUUUCUGUCGGUCUCACGGUGGUGGCUCGCGUUGCGCUCAGCAAGGGUGCCUUAAAUGGGCUCAGCGUUUCGGAUUUUGCGUACGCCACUGGAGAUCUUCUAGUGAUGGCGAUUCGACACGAAGCCAGCCAUUUAGAGUGGUCACAGAAGAUGCGACAAGGACGUUGCUGCCAUCCACAGAUCGACAAAGCUUUUGAUAUUAACAGUUAUUAA